UCCCUGUCAUUAACGCCAGAUCCUAGCCCGCAAUUAAUGCCGCUACCCCGAGCUCGAGAUCAGAGGUGGUGAGGAGCCAGGCCCGGCCGGCCUCGUCCUCGUGUGCGCGCCCGAGGCCCGCCCACCGUGACACGCGCCGGCGCCGCGGGUAUAAAGCGCGCCGCCGCCCCUCGGCCCGGGCUCUCAGUUUUUCUGCUGAGUCCGCUGCGGUCACUGCCGCCGCGCGUCCGGCUCACCCGACCUCGGCGGCGCGUAGGGGCAGGCACGCACCGACGACGCGCCCGACCCUGGGGGAGGGAUGCUCACGUGCAUCGCGUGCUCCAAGCAGCAGUUCGCCGCCGGCGGGCCGCCGCUGCACGAGCCGCCGGAGGACGAGGACGUCGUUGAUGGCGUCGGCGGCGCCAUCGGCGGCGGCGCGUCGACGCCCAGCACGCGCCAUGCCAUCAAGGCGCUCACCGCCCAGAUCAAGGACAUGGCGCUGAAGGCGUCGGGCGCGUACCGUCACUGCAAGCCCUGCGCGGGCUCCUCGGCGGCGGCCUCGCGUCGCCACCACCCGUACCACCAUCGGGGCGGCAGCGCCUUCGGGGGCUCCGACGCCGGCUCGGCCUCCGACCGCUUCCACUACGCCUACCGUCGCGCCGGGAGCUCGGCGGCCUCGACUCCGCGAUUGCGCAGCGGAGGCGCCGCCCUGUCAAGUGGGGAUGCCACGCCGUCCAUGAGCGUGCGCACGGAUUUCCCUGCCGGCGACGAGGAGGACGACGAGAUUGCAUCAGAAGGCGGCGGCAAGGAGGACGACGCGAAGGAGUGGGUGGCGCAGGUGGAGCCUGGCGUGCUCAUCACCUUCGUCUCACUGGCGCAAGGUGGCAACGACCUCAAACGCAUUCGAUUCAGCCGUGAGAUGUUCAACAAAUGGCAAGCACAAAGGUGGUGGGCUGAAAAUUAUGACAAAGUUAUGGAGCUUUACAAUGUCCAGAGAUUUAAUCAAACUGUCCCUCUCCCCACUACUCCAAAAUCUGAAGAUGAGAGCUCCAAGGAAGAUAGUCCGGUAACCCCGCCACUGGACAAGGAGCGACUGCCGCACACCUUCCACAGACCAAUGUCAGGUGGUGGAGCCAUGGGCUACUCUUCAGAUUCUCUUGAGCAUCACUCGAACCGCUACUGUAAUGGCCACCACCACCAUCAUGGACACCAAUUCUGCGAUUCAAUGGGGUUGGCAUCGACACCAAAGUUGUCGAGUAUCAGUGGAGCCAAGACAGAAACCUCGUCUAUGGAUGCAUCAAUGAGGACAAGCUCGUCUCCUGAAGAUGUUGACAGGUCUGGUGAGCUCUCGGUUUCCAUCAGCAAUGCAAGCGACCAGGAGAGGGAGUGGGUCGAGGAAGAUGAGCCUGGUGUAUAUAUCACCAUUCGGGCUUUGCCUGGUGGCAUCAGGGAACUUCGUCGAGUUCGGUUCAGCCGGGAGAAGUUCAGCGAGAUGCAUGCCAGGCUAUGGUGGGAAGAGAACCGAGCGAGGAUACACGAACAGUACCUCUGAGAAGCCCCCUCACCAUCAGAACAGCACAGAAAACUGCUCCCUUCAGUUGAGCUGACGACGGUCCAUGCUUGUACAUCUGGCACUAACACUUGUCCGUGUAUUUCGAGCUUCGUUCGAUGUUUGUACUAACCUAGGGCCGCCGCAAUUUUUGAUUUUUCGUUCAAUUUUUUACGGUUUGGUCUUCAGUUUGGACAGGAUGUUUGUUUGAGCAACUCAUUCAGGUCAAAAGGGUGGUUUAGCCUAGUAAAAAAAUAAUAAUGUACGCCUUCACUUUCUGGCUACCAAAGGUGUCUUUCCAUUA